GUGCGGGCGGACAUGGCGGAGGCGGCGGCGGCGGCCGUCCCGAGCGGCGGCGGCCCCGGGCCGGGCCCGGAGGCGGCGGCGGCGGCGGCGGGGGGCGGCGGAAGCGGCCCCGAGGGGGGGAGACCCCGUGGGGGAGGCCCCGAAGAGGCGGCGGCGGCGGCGGCAGCCGGGAGGGGCCCUGCGGCCUCCUCGGGUUCGCCGCCGGCGCCGCGGGAGGCGGAGGUGACGGUGGAGAUCGGGGAGACGUAUCUGUGCCGGCGGGCGGACGGGACCUGGCACUCGGCGGAGGUGAUCCAGUCGCGCCUGAACGAGCAGGAGGGCCGCGAGGAGUAUUACGUCCACUACGUGGGCUUUAACCGGCGGCUGGACGAGUGGGUGGACAAGAACCGGCUGGCGCUGAGCAAGACGCUGAAGGAGGCGGUGCAGAAAAGCGCCGAGCAGUUCCUGGGGGAGCUGGGGGGGGAACAGCCCGAGCGCAAGAUCACCCGCAACCAGAAACGCAAGCACGACGAGAUCAACCACGUCCAGAAGACCUACGCCGAGAUGGACCCCACCACGGCGGCGCUGGAGAAGGAGCACGAGGCGAUCACGAAGGUGAAGUACGUGGACAAGAUCCACAUCGGGCACUUCGAGAUCGACGCCUGGUACUUCUCCCCCUUCCCCGAGGACUACGGGAAACAGCCCAAGCUCUGGAUCUGCGAGUACUGCCUCAAGUACAUGAAGUACGAGCGCACCUACCGCCUCCACCUGGGCCAGUGCCAAUGGCGGCAGCCGCCGGGGCGGGAGAUCUACCGCAAGAGCAACAUCUCCGUCUACGAGGUGGACGGCAAAGACCACAAGAUCUAUUGCCAGAACCUGUGUCUGCUGGCCAAGCUCUUCCUGGACCACAAAACCCUCUACUUCGACGUGGAACCUUUCGUCUUCUACCUCCUGACGGAGGUGGACCGUCAGGGCGCCCACAUCGUCGGCUACUUCUCCAAGGAGAAGGAGUCGCCCGACGGCAACAACGUGGCCUGUAUCCUGACGCUGCCCCCCUACCAGCGGCGGGGCUACGGCAAGUUCCUCAUCGCCUUCAGCUACGAGCUGUCCAAGCUGGAGAGCACGGUGGGCUCCCCCGAGAAGCCGCUGUCGGACCUGGGCAAGCUCAGCUACCGCAGCUACUGGUCCUGGGUGCUGCUGGAGAUCCUGAGGGACUUCCGGGGGACCCUCUCCAUCAAGGACCUCAGCCAGAUGACCAGCAUCACCCAGACCGACAUCAUCAGCACCCUCCAGUCCCUCAACAUGGUCAAGUACUGGAAGGGGCAGCACGUCAUCUGCGUCACCCCCAAACUGGUGGAGGAGCACCUCAAGAGCGCCCAGUACAAGAAGCCGCCCAUCACCGUGGACUCCAUCUGCCUGCGCUGGGCCCCCCCCAAGCACAAGCAAGCCAAGGUGGCCAAGAAAUGAGGGCGGCGGCGGCGCUGCGGCGAGUUGUGGCCGGCCUCAGCCUUCACCACCCCCCCCCCCCCAAAUUCCCCCCCCCCAGGACUUUGUGUGGGGGGGGGGGGG